AUGUCCUCCCAACCGAUUUCGGCCACGGUGGCCAAUCUGCGCAGGAGAUAUAAUUCACAAGUGUACGCGCAGAUACAAGUGCACUUUCUAUUCCUGUCACUUUCAUACUCCGGUGGGACGACACGAGAUACGACCGGUGAGAGUUCCGGAUGUAGUAGACGCAGGAACGACGGCUUUACGUGCUCUCCGAGGCACGGGGGUGUAACACCACCAACUUCCCAACUCCGAGCUGUUACUGAGGCUUACUAUGCAGAAAGACUCAAUAAC